CGUUCUAAAUUCCUUGACCCCUCACUCCCUUGCUCGUAGAAACUUCCUUUGCUCUUGUCUUUAACCUCUCUCCCUCCCUUUAUAAAUUCAACAUUUCUAUCCAGCGAUCCACAAUUUCCACUUCCCGAAUUCCAGAAAUUCAAUUUUCUUCUUCCAAUUUCCUACAGCUCUCAAGAAAUUCAGUUCCAUCCAACCAUCGCCAUGGAUUGCAGGCCUCUGGAGGUAAUCAUCGACUCGGCCAAUGGCCUCAAGGACGUCAACCUCUUCUCCAAGAUGGACGUCUACGCCCUCGUUUCGGUCGCCGGCGACCCCCGCAACAGGAAGCAGAAGACCAAGACCCCCGUCGUCAAGGACGGCGGCACCAACCCCCAAUGGAACAGCUACCCCAUCAAGUUCACCGUCGACGAAGCCGCCCUCCUCCACAACCGCCUCACCCUCAACAUCAAGCUCGUCUCCGAGCGCACUUUGGGAGACACCAAGAUCGGCAAGGUCAAGAUUCCGCUCAAGGAGCUGCUCGACAGCAUGGGCGGCGGCGAUGCUCAGAAGAAGCAGAUGAAGCACGUCAGCUACAGCGUCCGAUCGUCGAGGGGAAAGUCCAAGGGGACCAUCAAUUUCGGGUACAAAUUUGGGGACAAGUUUUCGGUUCCGGAGCCCCAGAAGAGAUCCCAUGAGCCCGUGAUGGCUUAUCCUGUCGGACACCCCGGGUCAAGCUCCGGGUACCCACCUGCCCAAGCUUACCCAUACCCGCCGCCCGGUGCGUACCCACCACCGCCUCAUCAGCAACCGGGUUACGGGUACGCGCCACCGCCACAGGCCGGGAACGGAUACCUGCCUCAGCCCGGGUAUGGGUACCCGCCGCAGCAAGUUGUGCGGCCGCAGAAGCCUAAGAGGGGAGGAGGAAACAUGGCGCUGGGUGUAGGAGCUGGGUUGCUGGGUGGAUUGUUGAUUGGGGAUAUGAUUAGUGAUGUGGGUGAGAUGGGUGCUUACGAUGGCGGGUUCGGUGGUGAUGACUUCGGUGGAGGCUUUGAUUUCUAGUAAUUUUUUUUGUUGGUGUUUUAAAUUUGUUUAAUUUGUAAUUAUUUUAGUUUUUUUUUUCCUUGUAGUUUUUGGUUUUUGGUGCGAGUACAUAAAAUAAUAAUGUAAACGGAGGUUUUAGCGUUUAAUGUCUGUGAUGCUGAAUAAUCAUCAAUGGAUUUUCUGCCUUAACAGUAA